AGUACAAUUAUGUUGCUUAUAAAAUUUUGGCAUGUCCAACGAAAGCUUGUACAGAAAGAUGGCCCCUCAUAGCAGUCAAUCUAAAUCAAACGAAGACUACGAAGUGGAAUGUAAUGUGGAAAUGCAUGAUGAUCAUCCAUUGUUAGAAGAAUGUGUUGAGUCAAACAUCACUCUUGAACAACCGUUGCAUCUGAUUUCCCAGAAUAUUGAUGAAACUAUUACCGUUGAUGUCGACAAAUCUCAACCUGAUGAAAAAAAUAUUGCAGCUGUUUUGCAUUAUACUGGGUUAUUGCUUCAAUUUUCUGCAGUAACAAAUUUGGGGGAACAUCAAUCAUUUGCUAUUCUUGACUAUAAUGUGGAGAAAAGAAAAAUUAUGCACACUUCAUAUGUGUUUGUUCAUCGGUACCCUCAUUAUCAUGUAAAUGGAUUUGUCUGGUUGUUUGGCUGUUCAUGUGAUCGAUUGCGACUGGAAUUUGUGCAGGCCCUUAGCUCAAAUACUAAUUUAAGUACAGAUAAAGUUGUAAGCUAUCCAAAAUGCUUACAUAUAUUGGCAAUGGAAAGAUUUUUGGAGACUUAUGAUGAAAAUUUGGGAAUAACCUCACAAGAAUCAAGUUUUUUCAAGAUUGUGGAAAAAUCAGGAACAUCUGACCCAAUAGAUCAUUCAUACUGUGGAAUGUUUCCUAAAGAGGACUUGUUUAAAGCCGUUAGUGGUGGUCCCAACUGGAUUGCUGUAAAACCAGUCAAUCGCGAAUGGGGCGUGUGCACAUUUACUUAUUCUAAAGUAGCACUACCUCAAGCAGAGCUAAGAUGUUCUAAUUGUUCAUCUUACCUCUGCAUUCAUGUUACAACUCUUGGGAAGGCGCUGGAAAUCGUACAAGAUGAUGACGACUCGCAGCUAGCAUAUUUUAAGUUAGCUUUUGAAACCUCACCUGAAAUGAGAAAUUACUACGAGUUGGCAACUCGUAGUGAAAAAAGUUGUGAUGAGAAUGAUGCCAAUCAUUUUGCUAAGCUUCUGGCUAUGAACUGGUCAAAGAUAUUCGUACCUAGUGCUUGUGGUACUUGCUCUUGUGGUGCUGCUUGGGAUAAGCGUGAUGUAUCAGAUGACUGGCUGGAUGUGGAAGGCUGUCAUGUGGCGUAUCUUUAUGAUUUCCACUGUGUGAAUGUGUAUUAUCGACCGUGUUCUACAUGCACAAACAAGAAGCGGUACGAUGGUAUCGAGAACAACGUCUUGUGGUUUGGAUCAUUUUCCAUUUCGCAUGCAGUCCUCAAAGAUUAUAUAAGGCAUUUUUUGGUUUCAAGAUUACUUGACAUUGACUUUGUUGACGCUUUUCAUUGUAACAUCUGUGGAAAACAUCCGAAAAAAGUUGUUAUGGACGGUACGGCACUUGGUAUCCAAAAAACCUUCUUGCCUCGUAAGGUAGCUUCCCCAGAAGGCCCUACGAUGGAUGGAAGAUAA